CUCCAGAUAAAACAUGCUGUGACCCAGGCUGAGAUCCAGCAGCUCAAGAAGAAGCUGGCUCACGCUGAGCAGGAUAAGCUGCGCUGGCGGAUGGAGAGGGCUCAGUUGGAGCAGACGGUGAGAGAGAAUAAGGAGCGGAUGGAGAAGUUGGAGGGCUAUUGGAUGGAGGCUCAGAGCUUGUGCCAGGCGGUGGACGAGCACCUGAAAGAGACACAGACACAGUACCAAGCGCUGGAGCGCAAGUACAGCAAAGCCAAACGCCUCAUCAAAGAGUACCAGCAGAAAGAGAUUGAGUAUUUGAAGAAGGAGACGGCCCAGCGCAGAGCACAAGAGGAGUCAGAGGCCACCCACAAGGUGGAGACAGAAAACCUCCAGGAGAAGGUUACAGACUUGGAGUCAAAGGUUGGUGCCCUGAAGAGCUUGGAGCCGUCGUAAACCUUCCGCUGUGGAAAUGACGGAGAGAAUGACAGAAACGCCUUGAACUCCGCCCACUCUACCCUCCGACCACAUUUUCCCUCCAUGACCUGAAGAGCCUGGUGAUCUACAGGAAACAUGCUGAGGGGAUGUUACCGGGGACCAAGAGGGGACAAAACAAACACUGUACCAGACGCCGGAGGGACGUCAAGACAUCAGGAGGCCCUUUUUAUAGUCAUUUAGUCAUCUUCUCCAUUUCUUUUUAAGCGCCCUUAAAGGUAUUAUGAGCCUCUCUGCUCUCGGCAGGAAUGUAGAACCUCUUCGUUAAUAAAUGUUCACUCACUUGCUUGCAGGAGAAGA